AUGCAAAUAAGAAGCAAGGGUCUUCAAAGAAUUGACAUAGCCAAAAUGCAAAAAGAGAAUAAGUUACAAGUUACUUUCUCUAAGCGUUGUGCUGGUCUCUUCAAAAAGACUAGCGAACUUUGUAUGUUAUGUGGUGCUGAAAUUGCCAUUGUGGUAUUUUCCCCAAGCAAAAAAGUCUACUCCUUUGGCCACCGUUCUGUGGAGUUGUUAGUGGAUAGGUUCCUCAGGAGGAACCUCCCUCCACCAAAUAAUAAAGGCCGCCAUAACCAUCUCCUCGUGAAUCAUCGAAAUGCUGGUCUUCGUGAGCUCAAUAAGAAGGUCAUGGACAUGGAGGAGAUGUUCCGGAUGGAGAAAGCUCGCGGUGAAUCCAUAUUAGAUAUUAGGAGGAGAGCUAAUGGUGGUUGGUGGGAAGCUCCCAUCAAUGCACUUAAUCUCUCCCAACUUCAACAAUUGAUGGAGGCAAAGAAAUUUCUAAAGCUAGACAUUGAAAAAGAGGCACAACAACUGCAAAUAGUGACUAAUGUUGCACGCCCAUUUCUCACAUUUGGAAGUGCCUUGUCUCCUACUAAUGGUGCUAUGACAUGUUCUACACCUGGAUUCAAUGUUGGUGCGCACUUUGCUAAUUGGGUUUAG